UCACUUUAUACUCUGUUGAGUCAAAGAAAGAGUAGACAUGACACAUAGUGGAGUCUUGCAGCCUUCGUUCUACCCAUAUUCACACUUUGUAAAAGGGGUUGGAGCGUUCUUGACUUUUCAGGACAAGUAAAAAAGAAGGCAUCUUUAUUUUGUUUUCUUUUGUUGUUGGGGGUUUUAUUUGGAGAUCGAAUUAAAAUUGUUGGGUAAGUGGUUAAUUUAGGUGGGAUUGUGAGAUGGAAAAGAAAAGGUCUUUGCCUGAUUGGCUUCCUGCUGGAUGGAAGGUGGAAUUCAGAAAAGGAAAGAAAGAGAAGUGGUAUAGUGAUCCCUCAAAAGAACUCAAAUUCAACUCUAAGACGGACGUUCUUCGCUAUCUCAGCAGUGUUGGCAGUAAUUGUUCUAAAAGUUCUAAUACGAAGGAGAUGGAGAAGAAAGACACUGGAAAGUUUUCAACUGGGAAGGCUGCAUCAGAAGGGUUACCACCAGGAUGGAUUAAGGAAAUGAGGGUCAGGAGAAAGGGGCACAAAAUCAGGAAAGAUCCGUAUUAUAUUGACCCCGUCAGUGGACAAACUUUCCGCUCUAUGAAGGAAGUUUCUCGGCUCCUUGAAACUAGAGAGUCGGGAAGAAUUGAAUCCAAGCCGGGGGAUCAAUGUCCUGGCACUUCAGAACUGGGAGAACCUUUUUCAACUUUGACUGCUGAAGCUGACAAGCAGAUAUCGCUAGACAGUGAUGCAUCUGGCAAGGAAGUUGAUUUGAGUCGGAAGCUGAAGUUGGGUGCUGAACAUAUGGUGCAUUCCGGUUGUGUAGAAGGCAGUGUAUCAUCCUUUGAAGGUUUAGGAGGUGCUGUACCAGAGAAUGCGGAAGAGGAGGAUGAUGGUAAAGUUGUUUCAGAUCCUGUUAGUGGAGAAAAUCAAGAAAAGCCAUCACAAGAUGGAGUGGAAAAGCAUGACCAGAAAGCAAUCCAGCGUAAACGAAAAAAGGGUAUGAACUUGACUCACAGAAAAUCAAAACGGCUUGCUGGUAUUAAAGCUGAUACAUCUCUUCAGCUCCGAACAAAUAAUCAAGUCCAUCUAGCCACAGUAAGACAGGAGGAAGAGACACAAGCUGCCACCACUAAUAACCCUGUGAAUUUUGUUGAUACCAGUAAGCAUGUUGCUACUGCAAUAACUGGUACUAUCAACGAGAAGGCAGAGAUUGGGAAUGUGACCAGCAAAAGGCAACAAGACGUUGUUACUUUGCCGCUAAAGGAGCGAGAACUGCCUUCUCCAGCUGAACCUGCAAAAACAAACCUUGCUAGCUGCAAAGGAGAUAAGAAAGGUGAAACAGCUCUCGAGUCAUCUUUAAGUGACAUUUGGACGGAUCCAUGCAUAGAAUUUGCAAUAAAAACUCUAACUGGUACAAUUCCGGUCAUAAAUGAAAAGAAAGUGGAUAAGAUCCCAGGUUCCAGUCCGAGCAUGUCUUCUGUUAAUACUCCUUCCACUGCGGGCUUACCUUCUGAUGAAAUAUGGGCAGAUCCUUGCUUCAUGUUUGCAGUCAAGACUCUUACUGGUGAAAUACCAAUAGGGGACGACUUAUGCUCUCAGAAUAUAGUACAGCAGCAAUUCACUUCAUCACAGUUCCAAGGAAAUAAUGGCGUAGUAUUACCAAACAUCAGAUGUGAAGAGUUUGGCAAGGCCAAUCUUUCACAUUUUGGAGCACCGGAAAAGGCUUUGUACAAGCAACAGCCUGCAGUAGCAGCCCCCAACGCAUAUCAAAAUUGUUGGUUUACAAAAUUUGGUCCUCGUCGGCCUUCACCACUUUGCUGAGAUAGACUAUUAUAGAUUGUAACCUAGCUUAGGAAGUUCAACCUAGCUUGUAGUAGUAUUGUAAUUUGUAACACAGUGCCUAAGUUAGCAUCAGGGUCUUCCACUGUGAACUCAAAAUUUUAAGGCAGCUAGAGCUGCAGUAAAAACUAUGAUGUAAAAAAAUUAUUCAUGGCCGGAGUGCCUGUUUCCUGUGUAUUUUUCUUGAUUGGGAACACUUGUCGCUAGUUCGAGCA